UAUAUAAAUACAUUUCGGUAAAAACUAUAUAUAUUAAUUGUAAUUUUAAAUAUAUAUCCAUGCUAAACUGAUUUGGUCUGAGACAUCAUGUUAGGGGUUCCUGCUCUGUUACUGAUUGCUCUAGUGGGCUAUUUUUUGUACUCAAUCUUCAUAUACCCAGAUUAUGUCGACCCACUACGUCGUAUGCCAGGGCCUCCAAGACCCCCAGGCAUGCUGGGCCGCCUCACAGGGCACAUGGCUGAGCUGAUCAACAGCAAGCCGAUGGUGCCACCACUUACAUGGCAUAUCAAGUACGGUCCUCUGUACAAGACAUACGGCCUGUGGGGAAAGUCACGUGUCGGAUUGGGCGACCCUGUGCUCAUUAAACAGGUCCUGGUGGACGAUCCCUACAGCUAUGAGCGUCCGGAGAAACCCAACGCACAGCUCAUCUUUGGGCUGGGCGACGGAUUGCUUACGGCACACGGAGAACCCCAUGCACGCAUGCUGAGCAUUUCGAAGCCUGCCUUUGCGCAUAGCAAGGUAAAGCUCAUGAUCCCUAAAAUGCAGCACUACGCCCGCCAACUCGGCCAGCUAUGGGGGACGCUCAUUGACAGGGCUGACGACGGCCGUAUCAUGGUAGAUGUUUUGCAGCACACGACGCUUGCGACCUUUGAUGUCAUUAUGGAUGUCGGGUUUGGCGCCAAAGCUAAUGCUGUGGCCAGAGAGGCAGAAAAACUGCUUGGCGCCCCUCUAAUCGGUUAUGCGAAAGAAGCUGUCAAGGGGGUCGAUGCCGAUGUCGACUACCAUCGCGAGUUCUCGACAAUGAUGAAAAUUUUCAAACUCUCCUGGGAUUCUCUGCUUCCGCACUUCCUACGGAUCCACGUGUUUGCGCGGGAUUUGUUUAGAGACUACUUUGAGUCAGCCGCCAAGAUCGAUCGGCUGGUGGACAAUGUCAUAGCCAGCAAACGAGAGGAAUUGGCACGCAGCGAUACCAAGAAAGAUCUGCCGGUAGAUCUGCUGUCCAAUCUGAUGAGCGGAGACAGUGGGGGCUAUGAACCGUUGAGCGAUCAAGAGCUCAAAGAUCAGUGCAAGCAGUUCAUCUUCGCUGGCCACGAGACUACGGCGGGGUCGUUGACCUGGACCCUUCACUUACUAGCCGAGCAUCCCGAUAUCCAGCAACGAUUACGGGACGAAUUGCGGGACCAAAACACCGACGACGCAGAAGUUGACUUUGAGCAGUUGGAGUCUCUGCCAAUGCUGAACGCGGUGGUUAAGGAGAGUUUGCGCAUGUCCACGUCUGUGCCGGCUAUGCCCAGACAGGCGAUCAAGGAUGUGCAGCUGGGAGGCUAUACGGUUCCGAAGGGCACAUGGAUUCUCAUCAAUCCGGGAGUGAUCCAGCUAGACGAGUCUACAUACAAGGACGCCCACAAGUUCAUCCCAGAUCGUUUUCUGGAAUGGUCGGGACCAGCGGGAAAAGAACGUCUCAUGUACAUGCCGUUUGGAGCUGGUAGGAAAAGCUGUAUCGGCCAACGGGUGGCAGUUUUGGAGCUGAAGCUGAUGCUGGCGAAUUUAAUGCGGGAUUUCGAGGUAGGGUCGGUCCCCGAUUUCCAGUUUGAGCCAAAACUGCGAAUCACUCUGAAGCCUGAUCCAGGAAUGAUGUUGUACAUUAAACGAGCUUUAUAAAUUAAAUCAACCUGACAUUCUUGAGC